UAAUACCAAUUCGUUGUUAUAUCUGAACAAACAGAGUUACAAAUGGAACUGGUGCGGUAUUACACAUAUUAGUGGAUGCUGACUCAAUUUUAUACAUUUGUUGUACAAGUGCAUAUAAUAAUAUGGAAGGACAUGGAUGGACAGAAGAGGAGCUGGCUGCCUUUGCAGCUUCAGUUGCAGCGGCAACUACAGUAAUUGCGAUUAAGGAAUUUUGCAAUAGUCUCUUUCUUAGGACACUCUGGAGAGUUGGUGACUAUAAAAGAAGCAAGAUAAUUAAUGGGAUAAUUAGAGCCGGAGAUAAUAAGUGCAUGGCACAACUCCGAAUGAAAAAAGAUAUUUUCUUUCACUUAUGCUCGUUUCUCAGGGAUAUGAAUCUGCUACCGGAUGGGAAACAUGUAACUAUUGAGGAACAACUUGUCAUGUUCCUCCAUACAGUAGGACAUAAUGUGCGAAACCAUGUCAUUGGGCAUCGCUUUAUACAGUCUGGACAAACCAUAAGCCGAUAUUUUUCUAAAGCAUUGGAUGCAAUUAUGAGACUAUAUCCUGAGUUUGUAAAACUCCCCAGUGCAGAAAUACCUACAGAGAUUUCAUCCAAUCCCAAUUGGAGGACGUAUUUUCAGGAUUGUAUUGGUGCAAUUGAUGGAACCCAUGUACCCGCUUAUGUUCCUACGAUGGACAGUGUCACCUAUCGUAACCGAAAAGGGUUUCUCUCACAGAACGUAAUGGCCGCUUGUACGUUUGAUAUGAAGUUCGUAUACGUGCUGGCCAGAUGGGAAGGUUCGGCCUCUGAUGCACGUGUGUUACAGAGUGCGUUGACAUUUUCACAUGAUCGUUUUACAAUCCCAUAUGGUAUUUAACCAUGGAAUGGAAGUUAUUUUUUAAAUGAAUGAAUGUUAAAUUACAUAUUGAUAAUUACUCGUAAUUAAUUGUAGGUAAGUAUUAUGUAGUUGAUGCUGGUUAUGCGCAUUUGCCAGGAUUCAUGGCUCUGUACUGAGGCGUACGGUACCACCUCAAUGAAUACCACGCGGGUCACAAGCCUUGUAACAAGAAAGAAUUAUUCAACUACAGAUAUGCUCAACUAUGAAAUGUUGUAGAGCAGAUUGUUGGAGUACUGAAAGCUCGGUUUCCAAUCCUCAAGUCAGCUCCACCAUAUAACCUUUUAACACAACUGAAAAUAGUUAUCGCAUGUUGUGUUUUACACAACUUUAUCCGAGGAUUUGGGGGAGAUGGUAUUGAUGCGAAUGAGGACUCCUCAACGGUUAUAGCGGAUGGUAUAAACCCAUCUCCAAUUGAGAUAGGUUCUCAAGAAGAUGGCCAGAUGGUUACAAAUGGCACUCAACGUGAGAGAGAUGAAUGGAACAAGUUUCGAGACAAUAUUGCAACUAGGAUGUGGAAUGAUUACCAUCCUGUGCGUCGAAGUUUAUGAAAAUGUCUCAUUUUUUAAUUUUUUUGUAUAAGGGAUGUAUGUCCUCAUUUUCCGUCACUUAAUUGUCUAUAAUAUACAUUUCCUUGUUGGUUUAACAAAACACC